AUGAAGUCUUACAUCCAAAUCUUCGCAUUUGUUGCCCCCCUUCUUGCCUUGGCGGCCCCGAUCCCUGUGGACACACAAGCCACUACGGACGCAGAUGCCGAGAGCUUCUUCAUCCAGACCGAUGUUGGCUGGUUUGACGGCGGUGACAGCAAGAAGCGCGAGGUUGCCAAAGAAGCGGAUGCCGAAGCUGAGAGCUUCUUCAUCCAGACUGAUGUCGGCUGGUUCGACGGCGGUGACAGCAAGAAGCGUGAGGCGGCCAAGAAGCCGGAGGCUUCUUGA